AAGUUGAAAGCGCGAGCUCUCAUCUCUUCCUUUCCUUUGUGUAUCACUUGUGCAUGUACUGUCAGGGGCGUGCGAAGUGGGUUAAAUUCUUGGCGACUAAGGCAACUUGAUACGGCUACUUUUCUCCCAAACAUCUGUACACACCGUACCGCAACCAUGUCCGUCGGCGUAGAGUCUGGAUUUUCAAACGACGAGGUGCUGAACAUUCGUUACCCUCUCCACCGGGCGUGCAGGGAUGGAGACGUUGUUGCUUUGUGUUCGCUUCUUCAGUGCACCACAAACCAAGCAGACCUCAUCACGGAAGACUCCGUCUAUGGCUGGACUCCCAUUCAUUGGGCAGCACAUUUUGGAAAGUUGGAGUGUGUAAUGUGCCUGGUGCAGGUGGGCUGCAAGGUGAACGCCAUGACGACGAGGUUUGCCCAGACGCCCGCCCACAUCGCGGCUUUUGGAGGCCACCCAGAGUGUGUGCUAUGGCUGUUGCAGGCCGGGGCCGACAUCAACAGACAGGACUAUGUAGGUGAGACCCCUAUCCACAAGGCAGCCCGGGCUGGUAGUAUGGAGUGUGUCAACGCCCUCUUGAUACAGGGUGCUAAACCGGACUUAAGGAACGCUAAUGGCUUGACGGCGGCAGACCUGGCCCAUGCCCAGGGCUUCUGGGAGUGCGCCCAGCUGCUCUCCAACGCUCAAAACCAGCUCAAUGGUUUCCACUCCAACGGGGUGCUAAACGGCCACCGCUCUCUCAGCCAAAGCCAGGGUCUCAAUGGGCUGGCCAAUAGAAAGAGGCUUCUGGACGGCGUGGAGCACAAUCACAUCAAGAAGGCCAGAACAGACGGUGUGGACCUGCCCAAGUGGAUGCAGCAUGGCUGCGGGGAGGAGCUGGAGACCAUGUAUAUGGAGUCUGCAGACCCCGUCUCAGCAGAUGACACCAAAGCCACCACGGGUCAGACGAACGGCAACAAUGGGCCACAGAACGGUGCCAUCUCCACCAAUGGCCACAUGCCAAAACACCUCAGUGGGGACAACCCUGCUGUGCUGUCAACCGGCUUCUCCACGCCAUGGGGACUGACGGCCUUGGCUACUUCCACUGAAAACAGACUGUCGUCAUCACGGUUAGCUAAUCAGGAGGCGGAGGAGACCCGGCGGCGUUCAGCCCACGAGAUGUGCGGUUCGCUACACCUGACAGGAAGCCCCAGCAGCUGCGUGUCCCACCGGCCUUCCUGGGAGGCCAUGGCCAGCGACCUGGGAGACACCCUGCACUACGGACACUACCAUGGCUUUGGGGACACGGCAGAGGACCUGGCUGAAGAGCACAGCAGCUCGGUGUGCGUGGAGCAGUGUUACGACCAGGCCGUGCUCAGUGACAUGCACCACUACCACGGAUCCUAAAUCGGGGGAGGCUGGCCCUUCCCAAGAAAGUAGUCAGUCUAUCUACCUGCCCCAGCGGUGACGCAACUUUGCCUAGAGCCGCUAGCCUGCCUUAAAAUCCAAUGGUUACCAUAACAUCGUUGUUGCACUGGGGAUGGAGAGGAGAAAGAGACACUUUGGCCCAUCUACCAAAAGGAACAAGUACAGUUGAAGUCGGAAGUUUACAUCCACCUUAGCCAAAUACAUUUAAACUCCGUUUUUCACAAUUCCUGACGUUUAAUCCUAGUAAA